ACUUCGCUGGGGUCUUUCCGUGGUGGUGGCCGCUUUGACAAGGCUUGUGGCGGAAGUUGGGGCUCUGUGCCACUCUAGGGUGUCCCAAACUCAAUGGUUUCAACGACCGGAAGUUGUGGUGUUGUGUUUCCCCCCCACCCCUAGGCUCUAUGGUUCUGAGUAGUCCUCCUUGGAGUCCAGGAGAGGAAGGCAGGAAGGAUGGAGAGCAGCCGCUGUUCUUGCCCUUGAGGUGAGGGGCCGGGCGGGAGAACAACAACAACAGCAGCAGUAGUGUAAUAGCAUGUUGAUGGGACUUUGAAAUGCCGAAAGGACUCCACAAGCAUUCACUGGCUGGGAUCCUUACAACAACCUUGUAAGCACAGGAAGGAGGCCUUUGCUGAGGGCGCAGCUCAGAGGGAGGAGGUUGCAGCAUGUUUGUCUACAGGUGACCACUGGCACUUGGGCGGUCAAAGGGCAUCCUCAAGAAGCUUGCUAAAAUGUUCAGCGCUGGCCAGUCGUCCAAGGCCCAGUUCCUGGAUAAAGCCCGCCAGGCCCGCGAGGAGCGCAGGGGGCUGAAGGAGCGAGAGCGGGCAGCCGUGCAGAUCCAGGCCCUCAUCCGGAGGUUUCUCUGCCGCUGUUGGCUGCAGCGGGCGAUCAGGAGAGAAGUGGACGAUUUCUUUGAGGCAAACGGAUCUGCCGGUGGCAAAACGUCUGCGCUCUCGAUCUUCAGAACUUCCAGGAAGCUGCUUUUCGUGUUCCGGUUCCAAGAGGACAAAGAGAGAUUUGAACAUUUGUGCCGCUGUAUACUUAAUAGCAUGGAUGCUGAGAAUGAGCCAAAGGUGUGGUAUGUGUCACUAGCACUUUCGAAGGAGCUCACGCUCUUGUGGAUCAAGCAAGUCAAGGACAUUUUGUGGCUUUGCUGUGAGUUUCUUAAGCUGCUGAAGCCAGACAUCCUGCAAGACUCCAAGCUGGUGAACCUGCACCUCACGAUGCUGGUGACCUUUACAGACACGUCCACCUGGAAGAUACUGCGGGGGAAAGGGGAAACCCUCCGGCCUGCCAUGAACCAUAUCUGCGCAAAUAUCAUGGGACAUCUCAACCAAAAGGGAUUUUAUUCUGUGCUCCAGAUCUUGCUAACCAACGGCUUGGCGAGAUCCAGACCAUCCCUCUCCAAAGGCACUUUGACAGCAGUAUUUUCUCUGGCGUUGCGGCCUGUGGUCGCAGCUCAGUUUUCAGACAACCUCCUGCGGUCUGUCCUGAUCCACAUCAUGUCGGUGCCUGCCAUCGCCACCCACCUGGCCACCCUCACGCCGGAGCGCCUGGCAGUGAUCGAGUCCCAUGACCUCUUGCGCAAGUUCGUCUUGUUCUUGAGCCGCGAGGAGCAGUGCCGAGAUGUCUGUGCCUGUCUAGAAGGCAGCCACACACUCUGCCUCCUGGGGAACCUCGUCUACCUGGGCUCACUGAACAACAAGGUGCUGGAGGAGGAGACGGCGCACUUUGUGAGCGUGCUCAUCCAGAUGCUCUCCUACUGCCAGAAGUACGUCUCGCAGAAGAAGUCCAACCUCACGCACUGGCACCCGGUUCUCGGCUGGUUCUCCCAAACGGUGGAUUACGGCUUGAAUGAGUCCAUGCCCCUGCUCACCAAACAGCUGCAGCACCUGUGGGGCGUCCACCUGAUCCGCACCCUCUUCAGCGACGUUCUCAGCAAGAAGCUGCAGGAGAACCAGGAAGCGUUGCACGUCCCAGUACCGUCCAUCUCCCCACAGAACAGCCUGCCCAUGAAGAAUCUUUUUAAGCGCGCCUUCCAGAAAUCAGCGUCUGUCCGAAACAUUUUGAAACCUGUGGGCGGCAAGAGGGUGGAUUCGGCGGAGGUGCAGAAGGUCUGCAGCAUCUGCGUGCUGUACCAAAUGGCCCUCACCACCCUGACCCAGAUCCGCUUGCAGAUACUCACAGGCCUGACGUACCUGGACGACCUGCUGCCCAAGCUGUGGGCAUUCAUUUGCGAGCUGGGGCCCCAGGGAGGCCUGAAGCUCUUCCUGGAGUGCCUGAACAACGACACGGAGGAGUCGAAGAGGCUGCUGGCCAUGCUGAUGCUCUUCUGUGACUGCUCCCGCCACCUCAUCACAAUCCUUGACGAUAUCGAAGUCUACGAAGAACAGGUCUCCUUCAAGCUGGAGGAGCUCGUCACCAUCUCGUCCUUCCUGAAUUCCUUUGUCUUUAAGAUGAUCUGGGACGGGAUUGUAGAGAACGCCAAGGGAGAGACCCUGGAGCUCUUCCACUCCGUCCACGGCUGGCUGAUGGUCUUGUACGAACGGGAUUGCCGGCGGCGGUUUGCUCCGGAAGACCAUUGGUUGCGCAAGGACCUCAAGCCAAGUCUGCUCUUCCAGGAGCUCGACAAAGACCGGAAGCGAGCCCAGCUGGUCCUGCAGUACGUUCCCCACGUCAUCCCCCACAAAAACAGGGUCCUCCUUUUUCGCAACAUGGUGACAAAAGAGAAGGAGAAGCUCGGGCUUGUGGAGACCAGCUCUGCCUCGCCUCACGUCACACACAUCACCAUCCGCCGCUCGCGCAUGCUGGAGGACGGGUAUGAACAGCUGCGCCAGCUGUCCCAGAAUGCUAUGAAGGGAGUCAUCCGGGUGAAGUUUGUGAACGACCUGGGGGUGGACGAAGCCGGCAUCGACCAAGACGGCGUCUUCAAAGAGUUCCUGGAGGAGAUCAUCAAGAAGGUCUUUGACCCGGCCCUCAACCUCUUCAAGACGACCAGUGGCGACGAGAGGCUGUAUCCGUCCCCCACAUCUUACAUCCAUGAGAACUACCUCCAGCUCUUUGAGUUUGUCGGGAAGAUGUUGGGGAAGGCUGUUUAUGAGGGAAUAGUCGUGGAUGUCCCUUUUGCAUCUUUCUUCCUGAGCCAGUUGCUUGGGCACCAUCACAGCAUCUUCUACAGCUCCGUGGACGAACUCCCCUCACUCGACUCAGAGUUCUACAAAAACCUGACCUCCAUCAAGCGUUACGAUGGGGAUAUCGGCGAUUUGGGCCUGACGCUCUCUUAUGAUGAAGAUGUGAUGGGUCAGCUUGUUUGCCACGAACUGGUUCCUGGGGGGAAAACCAUCCCUGUGACCAAUGAGAACAAGAUCAGCUACAUCCACCUCAUGGCUCACUUCCGGAUGCACACCCAGAUCAAGAGCCAGGCAGCCGCCCUCAUCGGCGGCUUCCGCUCCAUUAUCAAGCCCGAGUGGAUCCGCAUGUUCUCAGCGCCCGAGCUGCAGCGGCUCAUCUCGGGCGACAACGCCGAGAUCGACUUGGAAGACUUGAAGAAACACACCGUGUACUACGGGGGCUUCCAUGGCAGCCACCGAGUUAUCAUUUGGCUCUGGGAUAUCCUUGCCCAUGACUUCAGCCCUGAUGAAAGAGCCAUGUUUCUCAAGUUUGUUACCAGCUGCUCCAGGCCGCCUCUCUUGGGCUUUGCCUACCUCAAGCCUCCCUUCUCCAUCCGCUGCGUGGAAGUAUCAGAUGAUCAGGACACUGGGGACACCCUGGGCAGUGUCUUGCGAGGCUUCUUCACUAUCCGGAAGAAAGAGCCCGGCGGGCGCCUGCCCACGUCCUCGACCUGCUUCAACCUCCUGAAGCUGCCCAACUACAGCAAGAAGAGCGUCCUGCGGGAGAAGUUGCGCUAUGCCAUCAGCAUGAACACCGGCUUUGAACUCUCGUAGCCCUGGCGGCGGUCUCCAAUCGAUGGCUCUUUGAGCUGGAGCUAGGUGGGGGACAUCUGGUGGCCCAGCCAGGCAGGGGGUUGCCACGACCCUCCAUGCUGGGGAGAGGCGGGGGUGUGUGUGCGUGUGUGUGUGUGGCGGGGGGAGAAAGAGCAGCUCUGAUGUCACUGGAUGGUUUUUCUGGUCUUUGAAAAGCAGCCGGCCUGCAACUAGAAGUAGCAUUGAAUGCAAACCCUCGAGGGGGUUGUUGGGGGGGCUUCGACCCGUCGGUUUUAAUUUUUUUCCUACAAGCUGAAGAAGACGUGCUGAUAGACCCAGAGGGUCAGGAGUGCCCAGGGCAAGACUUUCCUGGGCCUCUGGCUUAGCUGAGUUUUUGCAAAGCUCUCUUCCCCGCCCCCUUAAGCCCAGACUCUUAUGAGCAGAAGCAGAUCAAGCAUUUCCAACAUGCCAUAGAAUGUGGAGGAAGGCAGAAGGCCGGGGGCUUGGUUCUUCCUGCCGGUUUUGCUGCUGGAAGAGUCUCUGGGCAAAGGUGGGGGCCGCAUCCUGCUGAGGCCGAGCGCAUUGUUUUUUGGCAGUCUUGUCCCAGACAGCCUCUGGUCCCUCACAGCACUACAAACUGGCACUGAGGCCAGAAGACAGCCAGCUUGCUAAAAGCCACAUCUCCUCUUGCCUUGGGAGCAUUUCAUUUCCUCCCUCAUUGGCUCUCUGACUCGGGCCCCAUUUGCCAUCCCUAGUUGCCGCAGUCUUUGCGUGCUAAGCCAGAUUUAUUUGGAAUCAACCUUUUUGGCCUCAUUGUGCCUGUUAACGUGUUCACUGUAACCUGAGCGUAAGUACAACUUUGCCUGUGGCCUCCACAGUGGGCCUCUUCAGUGGGCUGGUUGUCAGGAAGGCGACAUCUCAAUCCUUCCUCCAAAUUUGUGAGUUUUUUCUCCAUGGCAGCUUCUUCCCUGUUUUCCUGGCUUUCCUGACUGCAGUCCAUCAGCAGGCAGAUAAAACAGACUGGGCUACUGAUAAUCAGGGUACCCUCUAACAGGGAUUCCCAGAUGUUGUUGAUGGCAACUCCCAUAAUCCUCAGCGGCAAUGGCCAAAAGCAUUGCACUCACUCACGCUGGAGUGGAGGGAGGCCACAGAGCAACGGGAACGGGGUGCAUUUGGAGGUAUGGACUCUGCCUCACCGCUGUUGCUGUCCAUACUGCAGGGGAGCAAAAGGCUUGAGCCCUUUGCCUGUGUUGCCUCGGGCCCUCAGCAGGUGCUCCUGGCCCUUUGCCAGUCCUGGUAGCCGUUCACUUCUGAGCAGGGCUGUAUCGCUGCCGAGGCUUCUAGGCGCUGCUUUCUCAGGGACUUUGUUGCACUGAGUCUCCCUUGUUCCUAUUCAGGGUUUGGAGCACAAACUCCAGGACACUCAGCAGUUGCCAGUGGGGUUUACACUGAGGUGGCCAGCAGCUGAGCUCGGCCAUUCCCUGCAUGUCUGUCAUCUCAUUGGCAGGUGUGUGUGCCCUGUGCUUCUCUCUCCUCCCUGCCUUCUAGCUCUUAACGCCUCCAAGAUCCAGCUGAAAGGCGGGACGUGUUGCCAUAAGGUCCCCUGCUCUGGUCAUUCCUCUGCAGUUGUUCAUUCUUUAUCAAGGUACCUGCUUCUGAUAAACCUGAGAGCGCAGCAGGGAAUGCGCCGUUCCAUUUUCAUCCUCUGUACUUCCUCUGGUUGGUUUUCCUCCCCAUUGGUUUGUUUAAAAUUUUAAACUAAACUAAACAGUAAUAUACGUAUUGCAGUAUUCAGCUAUUGCAACCAAUGCCGUGACAGGACAUUAAAUGGCACCGACAGAAACAAAGCAGAAUGUGUCUUCGGAUCACACAGUUUUGAUUGGCGUUAGAGGUGGAACACAUGUUGAGGCAGAAGAACUUCCAUUUCCCAGGCUGGGCGGAUCUCUCGGCAUUUAACUCAGUUUCUUGUUCUCCCAAGUUUGCCACAAGUGGGUGGGUUUGUUUUUAAGUGAGUAAGUGCAACAGCAUAAUAGAGGAAUGCUGCUUUGGGGUGGUGUGUUUCUCCUCAGGAAUGGAUCAUGCAAACUUGCUGUCUUCCUGCAAACUAGAAUUACUCCCUGCAACCAGGGUUUUUCAAGGAUGUCAUUCUCGGUUGCUGCAAUCAAGGCCAUCUCGAUAGGUUAUCCCCCUCACAUGCUCCAGAGCAGGACUAUGUUAAUUAGCUGAAAAAUAGAACAUCUCGGCCCACCUUUUUUCUGCUCUUGUUCUGCUCCUGGGAGGUCGUUCCUUGAGUCACUCAUUUCAGGCAUAUAAGACCUGAUAGUCUUAGUCAGUUUUACUAUGGAUUUAGUUGGGGGCAUCCUUUUAAACGUAGACUGUAUUCCAGCCUCUGGAUCUCACCUAUAGGUCAGUGUCUCCUUCCUAACUUGGCCUGUAAGAACUGGGCAGGAUCAUCCCACUCAGGCUCUAGACUGUUCUGUUUUUCAGCUAAUUAAUAUAGUCCUGCUCUGAAGCACGUGAGGGGGAGAUAACCCAUCGAGAUGGCCUUGACCGCAGCAACCAGAAGAAGCCUUCACGGUAAGUGAACCAAUGCUCCGUUCUCAGAGUGCCCAGGGAUCUAAACUUUGACUAUUCCCAAGACUUAAGUCCAUGGAUCUCACCACUGGGUAGCUCUGGAGUUGUGUGAAUCUGCCCAUUGAGGGACAUGUGUCACACCUCCUCUCAUAACUGAAGAAUGUUUUUUCUUCUCUGUGUGUGAAUUCUAUAGAAGAUGGAGGAUGAAAGGGCACGAUCCAGGAUAGCUGAAGCAGUAAGCAGAGUCCAAGCUACAGUAUGUCAAGAAUGUUGCACACACCGGUUUAUUAAUCUGUGUUUCCUUCAAAAGUUAAUGCUUUCUUGCCUGAGGGUUCUACCACUGCUGACCUGUAAUGGUGUACUUGCUGUUUUUGAGAGAGACAACAUUGCAUUUAAUAAUAAAAUAAUAAUAAUAAUAAUAAAUUCUAGGGAAGUGCUGGGCCCAGAUGUGCUCACAAGCACGAACCUGUUAACUGAACCCCAACCAGUUUCCUUCUGCAGCACUGAAGAGUAAUUCUCUCUCUGUACAGUUCUUAAGCCUAGAUUGUAACAGUUCCCCCCCCCCCCUUUAGGGAUCUGGCAGCUACUGAAUUGCAGGAGAUGUUGUCAGAUGUCACUUUCCUUACUGGGAAAGAGCAGCAUCUGAGCCAGGAGCUGUGUUCCCUAUACCAGGGAGUCCCAGAUGCGGUUGCCCACAAAUCCCAGCCCCCCUAGCCCAAGGCCACUGCCUCUGGGGAUGCUGGGAGGUGUAGUCAACCACGUCUGGGGUUCCAUUAUAGAGAACACUGGGUGGGGGUGAGGACAGUGGCCAGACCCUUCCAGACCCAGGGUGAGGUACAUUCCCCAGUGGGCAAACUGAGGGCGAGAGGCAUUCAUAGCAGCAGUUUGGUAUCUGGAUCCACGCUGGCUGCUCCACCUCAUACAGAGUUUAUUCAGGUUGAGCACUGCACGCUUCUCCUUGAGGAAGUGAUGGAACCAGCCCCACUUCUGACCGAUGCCUUGCAUGUAUGUUCCAUGCUGAGGGGAGGGGGUGAGAGGACUUGGCCAGAAGCGAUUUUUAAUAAAUUAUUUUGUCCCACACCUUGCGUAGCUUACGAGUUUGUACAGUUACAUCCUCCCAUGUCAGAAAUUCAGGAAUAUCGGAAAUAAACUUGACAGUUGGGUGGAA